CAACCUUCUGCAAUAAAUGAAUUUCCGAACCCCAAAAACAACACUCUUGAAUGCAUCAUUCUCAUCUUUUUUCACAGCACAACAACACAACCAUGGUUAAAAAGCAACCUAAGCUUUGAAAUUCAUCAUAGGACAAUGUUGCUUAGUAGUACCCAGUACAAGCCAUGUCAUAUGAUGAUUGAACCAAUUUGGUUCUCUGACACAUCUCAUCAUUAACUCUAUUGUGCCUAUUUACUCUUUCUCAGCUUUCUCUUUCACACCCUCUUCAGUAGUAUUUAUCUCUCCCUAUAUAUCUAUAUAUCUAUAGAUAUAUACACACACACUUCUGUGUUCUGUUCUUUUCCUGUUCUUCAAAAAGCUUACCCUCACUGUCACUAAAGUCUACCCCAUUUGCUGAAUCUCUUCUACACAGUCCAAAAUCAAAGAAAAGUCUUCACUUUGACACAACAAUGGCUGAAAAAGAUGAUGGGUUGGGCUUGGGGUUGAGUUUGAGAUGGGGAGAGAAUGACGAUAAUAACAUGAAUGAACAACAACAACACCCUUUCAACAUGCACAAACCUCCUCAACCUGUUCCAAACCAAAGGGCUUCUUCUUUCAAUAAUUUGUUCCAUCUCCAUGGUGCGUCUCAUGUUACCAAUCGGAGCUCCGAACCUCCACCGUUCUUCUUUGGAAUAGAUGUGAACUUGCCGCCGCCACCACCACCAUCGGCACCAUGCUACGAGGAAAACGGUGUGUCUUCACCGAACAGCGCAGUUUCAAGCAUCAGCGGGAAGAGGAGCGAAAGAGAGGAGAAUGAGAGAGGGUCAUGUUCUCGAGGUGGAAGUGAAGAUGAUGAUGGCGGAGGGUGUGGUGGUGAUGGCGACGGGGACGGCGACACGUCGAGGAAGAAACUGAGGUUGUCAAAAGAACAGGCCUUGGUGCUUGAAGAAACUUUCAAGGAACACAACACUCUGAAUCCGAAACAAAAGCAAGCUUUGGCAAAGCAGUUGAAUCUGAGUCCUAGGCAGGUUGAAGUGUGGUUUCAGAACAGAAGAGCAAGGACCAAGCUGAAGCAGACUGAAGUGGAUUGUGAAUACUUAAAGAGGUGCUAUGAGAAUCUAACUGAGGACAAUAGGAGGCUGCAGAAGGAAGUGCAAGAGCUAAGAGCAUUGAAGUUUUCCCCACAGCUCUACAUGCACAUGAACCCUCCAACCACUCUUACAAUGUGCCCUUCAUGUGAGCGUGUUGCUGUCUCAUCUGCAUCAUCUUCAUCGGCCUCCUUGCCUUCUGUGCCGCCGCCUCCGGCCAAUCACAACCCAUUAGGCCCUACCAUCCGGCGGCCGGUGCCUGUCAACCCUUGGGCAGCAAUGUCAAUUCAGCGCCGUCCCCCGCCGUAGUUGAUCACUACUCCUGGCUGUGGUGGUAGGGCAAAGAUCAGGAUGGAAGCUAAGACAUUUUUAGGUGGUAGACAGAAAUGAAUCAACAAAAUAGUUAUGUUAGGUUUUGGUUACUUGCUAGGUAUUGAGGUUGGGAAAUUCUAUUUGCUCCCUUAAUUUUUUGUUGCACUUUCCUUUCUUAUUUAUAUUCCAAAAAUUAAUUUCUAGAAUGGACAAUACUGUUCUAGAAAUUGGUUUUUGGAUUGUAUAAAUGCAGUUUUGAAAAUACAUUCCAAAAACUAAUUUCCAGAAUGUAAAAAAAGGUGGGGAUUUUAAAGAGGAAAAAGGGAGGCAAAUGGAAUCAUCAUGGUUUUGGCUAUGAAAUGAACUCUUUUUGUCUAGGCUUAUUUUAUUUUGAGCCUGGAUAGAACAUGCUUUAGUGAACUUUAGGAUGUGUAAAGUUUGGAUAUGUUAAAGCAGUUAGUGUUUUCAUAUGCUGAAUAGUUUCUGUUAACCUUGGAAAGAUGGAAAAGGGUGUUAGAAUAAUGUGUUUUUUAUCUUAUUUUAUUUGUUCCUUUUCAUAGGAUUUGUGAUGCCACAUGGUGAGAUGAGAGGUGGGAUUUUGUGCAAUGUAGGGGAGGGUGACAGAAUCAAAGGGAUUCCCAUGAGUGUGGUCUCAUUUAGAAAUGUUUUUCUGCAUCUUUUGCUCUGAUUUCCCAUCUUUUUUGGUCUAAUAUGAGUCAGAUUGUGGGACUCAACUUUGGCUCUUUCUGCACACUUCAUUCUCCUUAAGAUGUGGAUUUCCAAUACCCUUUUUCAAGAACUGAACAAAGGUAAAAAAAAUAAAAAUGUGUGGUUACGCACUAGUGAGUGGUGACAGAGCUUGUAUCAUCAUCAUGUGUGUGUCAAAGUAAAGUUUUUUCAAAGAGAAGUAACUAACAAGCAUGAUUAAAGGUAGCAUCAUGGGCCAUGUCAGAGCCAUGGCUACAACUUUCAUGUUGCAACUUUUGCCAAUGCUGUUUUUGAGUGUUUCCCUUUUGGAUUUGACUUUGGUUUUUAGUUUUAUUAUCAGAUUUGUUUACAAAGAAUUUGUCUCUGUGGCUGGUGCUGUGUGAAAUUUGAUCCACUAACAAACCUUCAACUAUUUUAUUUGUUCCACUAUAAGCUCUUGUUUCCUGCUAAAGAUAAUAUUACCUCACAUAUAGUAAUAUAAAGCCUAUUUAGCAGUUACCACGUGUUGAUGUUCAGUGUAAUGUGAAUUCCUUUUCUUCUU